AUGGCCGUCCAACUGUGGAAACAUAUGCCCGGAAAGGCACUCAUGUUUCUUCUCAACCUCUUCACCGCUAUUGCUCUCAUAUUCGAAGGCUAUAAUCAAGGGGUUCUUGGCACCGUAAGCACGACGCCAGGCUUCAUUGACAUGGCCGACAUUGGUUCCAAUGGUGUUGUGACCAACAGCACCAAGCAGGGUGGCCUGCUGGCAGCGUAUUAUUUCGGUGCCAUGUGUGGAUGUUUUAUCGGAGGUUGGGUGGGCGACAAGCUCGGCCGCAAAAAAGGCGUCUGGCUCGGCUCACUCUUCUGCAUGCUCGGCGCGGCGAUCAUGUCCGCCAGUCAAAAUAGUAACAUGUUUAUCUGCGCGCGUGUCAUCGCGGGAAUCGGCAUUGGGUUCAUCAACACUACCGUUCCGCCGUCGUCUGAGGUGGAGUUUAGAUGGUGUUUUCUUCUGGCAUUUAUGGCGGUUCCUGUGUUAAUUGUUGUUCUUACUGUCUUCUUCCUUCCCGAGUCGCUGAGAUGGCUGAUGGCCAACAAUCGCCGUGAAGAAGCGGUCAAUAUUCUGGGCAAGAUCCGUGGCGACUUGGAUUUCGAUGAUUCUAAGCUUCUUGUCGAAGUGCAGCAGCUCGAAGCGACUGUCGAAGCAUCAUACCACGAACGAAAUAACUUUUUCAAUCUCGUCCGCGGCGGUCGCUACUCGGGGAAACUGCAUCUUGGUAGACGCGUUGUCAUGGGUUUGGCAAUCCAGCAGAUCCAGCAAUUGACAGGUAUCCUCACUAUAGCCACCUGGGCUGGUACGCUCUUCAGCCUUGCAGGGUUUGAUUCCUACAAAUCAGCCUGGCUAGCUGGUGUGGUCAACAGCUUCGGUAUCCUGGGCAUCGCCGCUGCAUCAUUGGUUAUUGACCGUCCUCGAGCCAAAUUUUCAUUAUCAGCUGGCCUGUUCGUCGCUGAUAAGGAUAAAACCCAGUGUCUCUCCGCAACCGAUGAAAUAAUCGUGUUAAUGGCAAAUCCAAUGCAUCACAAUAUUUUAAUUGCCAAGGCUAACACGGAGUCGCAGAAUAUGGUUUAG